AUGAUGUUUGCACGGAUAUUUAUGAUCAUAUUGAUGGUAGGAGGUGUGUGGUGUGAGAGGUGUCCUGAAUGUGCUGAGCCAGCGAGGAUAUUACGCAACGAAUGUGGUGUUCCCACAAAAACUGAUCUUGGAGGGUACUUUGACUGUGUGUGUGGGUUGAAUGGGACAUUUUUUGAUAUGUAUGAGCUGUGCCUCAAACACUGCAAGGCUCUUGAUUAUAUUACGUUUAAUACCAACAACAGCACGUUAAGAGAGUUUUACUGCCAAGAAGCACAGAAGGCUAGCACUACUGAGGUUACAGACACGUUUCCCGAUGCUGAGUUACAACGGUAUGUUACACGGAAUGGAGGUACCCACAAGAAACCUAGCUUUGUAUUGACUAUAUUAAUGUGUAUGAUUUAA